GGGGCGGGGCCGGCCCGCGCGGGAAGUGCUUGAGGGCCGGCUGGCGGGCCUCAGCCGCCGCGCGUUAUGGCCCUGUCCGUGCCCGGCUACUCUCCCAGUUUCAAAAAGCCGCCCGAGAUAUUGCGGCUCCGACGGAAAAGAGCCCGGAACCGCGGGGCCGCAGUCUCCCCGCUUCAUGAGCUGCCCCAGCCGGCCCUUCGCCGCGGCUCCCUGACGGCUGGGCUGCUUCUCCGCCGCUUCCCGGCCGCAAUGGGCAGAGGCGGCGACUCCCGCGGUCCCGCCGCGGCCCGAAGGAAUCCGUUCGCUCGCCUAGACAAUCGGCCGCGGGUCGCCGCGGAGCCUCCCGACGAGCCUCCUGGCGGCCAGCAGGAGGCGCCGGACCCGUUUUUAGAGUCUAAUCAAGAAAAUGAUUUUCUAUGGGAAGAGAUGUUUCCUGAAAGAACAACUGUUACUGAAAUACCCAAGAUUUCCCAUAUAUCAUUCUCCAAAUCUGAUAUUCCAUCCUCAGAAAGUACUGAGUUACCUGUGGACUGGAGUAUUAAAACUCGACUCCUUUUCACCUCUUCUCAACCCUUUACCUGGGCAGAGCAUGUGAAAGCACAGGAAGAGGCUCAAGGGCUUGUCCAGCAUUGUAGGGCAACAGAAGUUACUUUGCCUCGAAGUAUACAGGAUCCCAGACUCUCCACUGAGCUCCGUUGUGCCUUCCAACAGAGCCUUAUCUACUGGCUCCACCCUGCCUUGCCUUGGCUUCCACUGUUCCCUCGUAUUGGAGCUGAUAGGAAAAUGGCUGGAAAGACAAGCCCUUGGUCAAAUGAUGAAACACUGCAACACAUUUUAAUGAGUGACUGGUCUGUGAGCUUUACUUCUCUGUAUAAUCUACUGAAGACAAAACUUUGCCCCUAUUUCUACGUUUGUACCUAUCAGUUUACUGUCUUGUUCCGAGCAGCAGGAUUAGCAGGAAGUGAUGUGAUCACAGCUCUUGUAUCUCCUACAACUCGAGGUUUAAGAGAAGCUAUGAAAAAUGAAGGUAUUGAAUUUUCUCUGCCUUUAGUAAAAGAAAAUGGCUGUAAGAAGAGAGCAUCUGGAGCAAGCUUGGGAUAUGGAGAGGAGCAAGUAAUCAGUGAUGAGGAUGAAGAGGAAAGUUUUUCCUGGCUGGAAGAAAUGGGUGUGCAAGAUAAAAUUAAAAAACCAGACAUACUCUCUAUCAAGCUACGUAAAGAGAAACAUGAAGUACAAAUGGAUCACAGACCUGAGUCUGUUGUGUUGGUGAAAGGAAUCAACGCUUUUACAUUGCUCAAUUUUUUGAUCAACUGUAAGAGUUUAGUUGCUACCUCAGGUCCACAGGCAGGACUACCACCAACCCUCUUAGCCCCUACAGCUUUCCGAGGUGCCACAAUGCAAAUGCUUAAGGCACGAAGUGUAAACGUGAAGACACAAGCUCUUUCUGGAUAUAAAGAUCAGUUUAGUUUGGAGAUUACAGGUCCUGUCAUGCCUCAUUGUCUGCAUUCUGUGACCAUGCUCCUCAAAUCUUCACAGAGCGGAUCUUUCCAUGUAGGACUGUAUCCCCACGAGCCAACUGCUGUAUUUAAUAUCUGCCUGCCAGUAGACAAAGUACUGCAUAAGGAGGUUGUUCAUAAGGAGCUUGCUAACUGUGGUUUACACCCUAAGACUCUGGAGCAACUUAGUCAAAUACCAUCACUGGGGAAAUCAUCUUUACGGAAUGUGGAAAUGAGAGACUACGUUUAUAAUUGGAGAUCCUGAACACCAAAGUAAGCCUAAAAGGAAUCUUUGAGGAAAAAAGCCUUCUAGCAAGGAAAUUCAAGAUUCUUGAAGUUAAAGAAAGGAAUAUACUUAAAAAUAUGAAAUGUUUAUAAACAUUAACUUUUUAUUACAUGCACUGAGCAGUAGCAUUAAGGUUUUAAAUCAUUUUCUGCUUUUACUAUUUUCAGAUAAGAUUUUCAGAUGUGACAAUAACCCAAACUUUUUUUCCAAAAAAAAAAAACCUCAAAUAACUUGAAUGAGAAGUCUGCAUCCCUACAACCUAAUUGUAAACUGAGUAGAAAACUGGAUUAAUGUGUUACCUUGCAAAUGGGAAAUUGAGACUAAACCUGUAGCAAUUAUCUCAUGGCAUUGUGACAAAUAGCAUCAGGGCAAAAUUAUGUUACUUUAAUAUUUACCUAAUACUACUAGCAGGUUCUUGUUUAUAAAGAUAGAAAAUAAAUACAAACACUAUC